CGCUUCUUCAGUUCUUUAUUCUGCUUUGCAGUAUAUUGGUGCGGUGAACUUGUUACUUUUUGUCAGAAAUGGAUUCAAAUACUUUCAUACAAUGCAAUAUUACUGUUGAAAACAUGAAUUCAAGCUUAGAAGUAUUAAAGAGACAAUGCCAUAAAGGAGGCGAAUUAUCCUUGUGGCGAAAUGAACACAAGGAAAUUGUUCUUGGAGUGAAGCCGAAGGGAAAAAUUCAAUCUCUACAGAAAUUCGUAGUCAGAGAUGUGAAAUUUUUCUGUAAAUUUCUGAAGGAAGGAAAAGUAUCUCUGCAUCUAACCAAUCACAAUGUUCGAAUCAUGUUGGCAAAUUGUCCCCCUGAAACUUUAAAAAAUUUCUGCAAAGUUUUAUCAGUCAAAAUAACAGGAGAAAGGCAAAAAGGUGAAAUAAGUCUGCGAAAGAAGUUACUACUCGGACUUCCAAAAACUUUAGAAGAAAUCAGUCCAUUGAAUCAAACUGAUAUUGCCAAAGUCAAUCAGAUUCGGGCUGAUAAAGAGAACAAGGAAAAUGCCAAAACUAAAGAUUCGAAGAAGGGAAAUUUUGUAAAUCGUAAACGAAAACUUCCAUUACAAGAUAAAACUAAUGAAAACCAGGCCAAUCAAUCGGAGCAAAAUCCACCAAAGCGUAGAAUGUUGAGCCUUUCUACAGAAAAAUUAAACAAGGAACAGAAACGAGUUCUUACUGCUGUGAAAAACAAGUUGAAUAUAUUUUUCACUGGUAGUGCAGGAACAGGAAAAUCCUUUCUUUUACGGUACAUAGUUGGAAUGUUACCUCCUGCUCACACGUUUGUCACAGCGAGCACAGGCGUGGCAGCAUGCCAGAUUGGUGGCAUGACACUUCAUUCAUUUGCUGGUAUGGGAAGAGCAUCUGGCAGUCUUCAACAAUGCAUUGAAUCAGUCAUAAAUCGGCCAAAUGUGUUGAAACAAUGGAGAAAAUGCCAUCAUCUCAUUAUUGAUGAAAUUUCUAUGAUAGAUGGUGAUUUUUUUGAUAAAAUGGAAGCAAUUGCCAGGGUUGCAAAAAAGAAUUCAGAGCCUUUCGGUGGGAUUCAACUUAUUCUAUGUGGAGAUUUUUUCCAACUUCCUCCUGUUUCCAAGGGAACAGACAAAAAGAAUUUAUGUUUUAAGGCAAAAUCAUGGGAACAAUGUGUAACAAAGUGUAUUGAGCUGAGACAAGUUUAUCGACAGACUGAUCCCACUUUUGUCAGAUUAUUACAAGAUAUCAGGAUUGGAAGAUGCACUGAAAGUUCAUUGACAACUUUGCAAAAUACCAGCGGAAAUCGCUUAGAACAGAAUGGGAUUUUAGCUACAAGAUUGUGCACACACAGAGAAGAUGUCGAUCAUACUAAUAAGUCUCAGUUGGAGAAGCUGUCUGGUGUAACUUGUUCAUAUCGGUCUGAAGAUAAUUCAUCAGCUUAUUCUACAAUACUUGACAAUGCCCUGCCUGACACAAGGACUAUAUCUUUGAAACUUGGUGCUCAGGUAAUGCUAACAAAGAAUUUAGAUGUCAGUCUAGGUUUGGUAAAUGGUGCUCGUGGUGUUGUAACUGGUUUUACGAACAGCAAAAAUCAUUCAAUGAAGUUGACGAAGCAACAAUUGUUAGCCAAUUCAGACAGUCAACCUGAAAAUCUUGGUCUUCCAAUUGUUCGAUUCAUUUCUGGAGUUGAAACAACGAUAAAACAUGAACGUUGGUCCAUGAAAUUAUCUCAAGAGAUACUUGCGAUGCGGAAACAAAUCCCACUCAAACUUGCAUGGGCAAUCUCUAUACAUAAAAGCCAGGGCAUGUCAUUAGAUUGUGUGGAAAUGUGCCUAUCUCGUGUUUUUGAGUGUGGACAAGCUUACGUUGCCUUGUCAAGAGCACGUAGUUUGCGUGGAUUACGUGUGAUAGACUUCACACCUUCCUGUGUCCGUUCUAACUUGGAGGCUCUGCGUUUUUACAGACGUUUAAGACAAGAACAGACUGCAGAAGAAAGCAUGGAGAUGAUCCCACUAGGUUGCUAAUUAACAGAAUUAUAUCACCGUAAAGUACUUUCCCAGUCCUAGAUAAAUCAUGUGAAUUUAUAUGCCUGGCCAUGGGUUAUAUUUUCAGCAUUUUAUUCAUAUUUUUAGUAUUUAUGAUGCGUCGUCUCUCUAAUAUUGCAUUGAUUGUCGGCUUCUCAUUACUGCCAAAAAAUUGUUUUUAUCCAAUGAUUUUAUUGACCUGAAUCAAUAUAAUAUUAUUGAUUUCUGUAACCAUUAUUCAAUCCUAUGGUGAGUAAUUUAAUAUGUUGCAUGGCGCUGUAAAAUUGUUCUUUUGUAAAAUGACGCCAGUGCCAAUCAUAAUCGCCAUACAGUGAUUAAUACGCUUAUCAUGAUGUUUUAAUUAAGGUAAUGGUGUCGACGAUGUUGUAAAUCAUGCUUUUGUCAUUGGCGAUUCACACACGAUUUACUUUGCUAUACUACUGAGUCAUACCUACGAAUUUGGUAGAGCCGGUGAACGAUUUUUUUUUUAAACGAAGCCUCUCUUUCUGGACACGAAGUUGACUUAUGGAUUGUUUUGCACAAUUGUUGUCCGGCUAAUUGUUGUUGUUUUGAAAAAUUUCCGUUUGUUUCGUUUUUAUCAAAAAAUUUUCCAAUCGAACCAAAUUUUGACAUCCUUCGUGAUUCACCGGCACACCUUAAUGUGACAUUCGGUACAAUUCGUUAAACAUUGAGCUUGAAUUUAUUUCAGUCUUUCUCUAAAUUAUAGAUAUCCAAAGUAAUGCCUUGAAUUCCUGGUAAUCUUUUUAAUAACCUCUGCGUUUCUGAUUAUCCAACAAGUGUACUGCAAAGUCGUGAUGUUUGUAUUUGAUAUUGGUACAAAAAUAUCGAGGCGUGAUUCUCAUUAUCAAAAUUUAAUUCGCAUUGGCCCGACAUGUCAUUUACAAUUUUCAUAAGGAGUGUUGAAUUCGUGAUUAAGUGAUAAUAGGAUAUUGAUAAGUGUUUAUAUCAUUUCGCUAUCUAUUUUUAUCUAUCACUGUGUUUUUAUACUUUUAAUAAAGAAUUCGAACUGUUAGUG